UCACAGAUGUUUUGAGAAUUAUGCUGGAAGUUGCGGCAAAGUUCCCCGCGUCGUGAGAGGUUAGGUGGGAUGGCUUACGGGAAUCUCACAACGGUGGGAGAAUCCUAUCGGUGGACAAUUCAUACAUAUAUUCCCAGUCGAACCUUUCACUACAGGCAGAACGAUUCAACCACCGCACACAGCACAUCUCUCCUUGAAACGUUACUAUUUACACCGUCAAUAUGAUUAAAUACGCCGUCCUUUUCUUCAUGUGCAUCGUCAUGGGACAAUCCCAGCGACCUUUUUACGCCGGGAGCCGGCCGUACCCAGAAGUACUGCCCAGAUUCCAGGAUAAGGAAAGUAGCACGACAAGUUCGACCACGGUGACCCCAGUCGACGUUGACCUGGUUAACCGAGUCGGAGAGAAUUCAGGAUUAAACGACGUUGUUCCUGGGAAUAGCGCACCGACCAAACCGAUUCCCGGCUCACCAGCUUCGUCCUCGACGCAGAACCCUCUACUCCAAGCUCUUGGAUAUGGGGAAACGGCAAAGAAGGUCGAGAGCUGGCCAGCGGAACUGCAACCCUUCUGGUAUGUGAACCGACAGCAAAUCGCUGAGCACCUCAACCCGGUCAAACCUCAGCAAAACGUCGUCCAGCCCGGAGUCGCAUCGCGUGGAUCUUUCUUCGGGGGAUAAUUGCGAUUGCGUUCUCGAUUUUACGAAAUUGACUAUGACAUUUAUUUGCUUUUUUACUCUACCUCUCUACUUUCGGCUACCUCGUAGCCCCAGAAGUCAUGUUUCAGGGGCUGCGAGAAUUGGCAAACAGUGCUGCCGAGUUGCGGGCAGAGUGUGAUACAGUCUGAUAGACCGCCAGUGAAUUGGAUCGGAAAAAGCGCGGGUGCAUUACAAUAACUAUCGAGUUUCACCUUUUCUAUUUUUCUCUUCGAAUUCUGAUUCUAACGCGCUGUCUACUGGUGUAAGUCUCGUACACUAGA